UAAAAAAAAGUAAGCGCUUGUGACUGACCCGGCGGAGCUAGCCAGCUUUAACCUUAGCACACAUCCACCCUGCACGCCAGGAUUUCAGACUGCAAAAGGGAAAAGGUUGGCGAUAGGAAGAGAGAGAGAGAGAGAGAGAGAGGGGGAAAAAAGAGUCAAAUAGAGGGGAGCUGGAAGUGAAGGCUGCCUCAAAUUGUCCGAAGGGGCAGCAUUUCUCCAUCUAGUUCCGGUUGCUCUGUCUACUACACUGCAUGCUGUUUGGAGCAGCAACAUUAGGUGACGAACAUUUAAACCGGAGGAAUAUACUUCCACCUGACUGACUGGGUCUUAUUUAAUGCGAGAUCAAAAAUGAGCUCCUAUUUUGUUAAUCCUCUUUUUUCAAAGUACAAAGGUGGAGAGACGUUAGAGCCGACUUAUUACGACUGUCGGUUCCCACAGAGCGUUGCUCGAAGCCACACGCUUGUGUACGGACAUGGAGCAGCUGCGCCGGGCUUUCAGCACCCGUCACAUCACGUACAGGACUUUUUCCAUCACGGCACCACAGGUAUCUCUAAUCCCGGGUAUCAACAGAACCCCUGCGCUCUGGCGUGUCAUGGAGACGCGACGAAAUUUUAUGGAUACGAAGCUCUUCCGAGGCAAUCGCUUUAUGGUGCCCAGCAAGAGGCGAGCCUAGCGCAAUACCCAGACUGUAAAUCGUCCAAUAGCUCUAAUCCUGGAGAAGGACAAGGCCACUUAAAUCAAAAUACCUCUCCCAGCCUCAUGUUUCCAUGGAUGCGACCUCACGCUCCUGGAAGACGCAAUGGGAGGCAAACAUAUAGUCGCUACCAGACUCUGGAGCUGGAGAAGGAGUUCCUCUUCAAUCCGUACCUUACUCGCAAGCGGCGUAUUGAAGUGUCCCACGCGUUGAGCUUGACUGAACGACAGGUGAAGAUCUGGUUCCAGAAUCGUCGAAUGAAAUGGAAAAAGGAGAACAACAAAGACAAAUUUCCGGGUCAGAGAGGGGAGACCGACGCCGAAGCCGACGAAGAGGGCAAUGAGAACGGUGAGGCGGAAGAAACCGAAGACAAGGAAACGGAAGAAAAAGAAGAAAGCAAGGACUGAUUUUAUGGUCUUUUUAUGGUUAUAUGGCGGACGGAAAGAAGAGAUGCUUCGGGGAUAGCUAAUGAAAGAGAAGAGCCACCAAACAGCUUUGUCUAAAGUGAGAAAAAAAAAUCCACAGACGUCAGACUCCAUGUAAAAGCACUAAAAUAGCUCUUUUAAAUAUUUUCUAAUUAGUGGAAAGAUUAUGUAUCGCCAAACUGCACCGCUGUGAAAUAGGUUACAUAAGAAGGUCACCAAUAUGCAUCAACCCAUACUUAAAAUGUGUGACCUUAAAACCAUUAUAGGUGGAAAACAGAGUCACUUGUAUUUCAUCCUUGAAGUAAGUAAGAGGUUUCGAAAAAAUACAAUACGUCAUCAGUAACAAUAAAGAAAUAUCACUAUUUUGUAAAAAAAAAAAAACUUGGCAUUCGGAUGUUUACAGAGGUUGUAAAAAACUCGUGUUAGUGUUGUAUAUAGAGUUCGUCACAAUAUUCUGGCAUCGUUGACAAGAUGACAAAAUAAUUCCAAUAUCCAAUCAACCAAAAAGAAAUAAUCCAAUUUAAAAAAAUAAUCGGAAUAUGGAAUGUUGCAAUGGCAGCGUUGUAAUAAAAAUGACUGACAAGUGUCGUAAUGUGUAUUCUGAAUUUUACAUGAAUUAGUACUUGUAGUUUAUUAUCAAGCUUUGUGAUGACGAAUGGGCAAGAUUGCAUUUUUUGUAACGUUUUAGUUCUUUUAUGGGGAUCACUAGAGAUUGUAAUCGUUUGAAAAAUCUCGAUAAACGCUACCUAAUCAUGGGGAAUUUGCAAUAUAGAUUUCUACCUGAAGACUUAGUAAGAUGUUGCUUUGUAGUAUGUUGGAUCCUAUGUUAGAUUAUUUACCAAUUGAACACGUAUGGUGUUCGAGCUUUUACGUCUUCAGAAGACAUUGAAGAGCUCAGAGGCAAGCUAACAAUAAAAUAAAAAAAUAAAAAAAAUUGUACUACUCCACUACCUAAGUACACAAAGUUUUUGCCAACACAUAAUGGUUUGUUUCUCGAUAUCAGAGAGGAGCUUUGUUUAAUAAAAUAGUAAUAACAAUUUCCCCCAACAACUUAAACUGCCUACAGAGAGCGCAUAUUUGUGCGUAAAUUAUACUUGCUACAAUUACUACACUACUUUGUUAAAGGAAAUGUUAUUUUAUCGUGUUGGUGUUCUAGCGUAGAUUUAAAAAUUGCACUGAGUGUAACCUCCAUGUACGUCUUGUAAUAUCUUACUGUUACAAUAUGCUCGUUUUAACUGUUUCUCAUGUGAAUAUAGACAGAACAUGUACAUGCCACUGUUAUUGACAUCAUCAGAAGAAUAAACAUGAUGGCACAUUC